CUGUCGACAGCCUGCGGUCCCCCCAGCCGCAAGAGCUUCCUCUUCCACGAUGGCGCCUCGAGUCAAUAUCCCUCCAGCAACCCGCAUCUGCCUCAUCAGCCUCCUCACCCUCUCCUUGCUGUACAACAUCGCCCGAUGGCGCCAACUUGACCCCAACGGGAGGGCGCCGGCCAUCACCCCCGUCGUACCCUACCUGACGCUCGUCCCAUCGCUCUUUCUCUUCUAUCCAUGGACUCUUCUUACAGCGACCUUCGUGGAGCAGAACAUCUUCACCGUGCUGUUGAACGCCGCCACGCUAUUCUACGGGGGCAAAUACCUGGAGCGCGCAUGGAGUUCCCGGGAGUUUGCGAAAUUCAUCCUCGCCAUCGCGGUGGUUCCGAAUGUGGUGAUCGUCCCGCUCUAUAUCAUAGGGGUUGCCAUCAGGGGCACCUCCGGUAGCGGCGUAACGCAGAUAUGCGGCGGUAUCUCGAUCCAGGCAUCCUUCCUUGUCGCAUUCAAACAACUCGUGCCCGAGCACACGGUCACCCUUUUCAAGGGCUUGGUCAAAAUGCGGGUGAAGCAUUUCCCCGCCCUCUUUCUGCUGUUGAACACGAUCAGCGGGGUGGUUUUCGGCACGCAUGUCGCGACGAUUCUUUCCUGGCUUGGCCUGUUGACCAGCUGGACGUACCUGCGUUUCUUCAAGCGCCAGCCGGAUCUCAGCGGCACGUCGACGGACGGACUAGGCAUCAAGGGCGAUGCAAGUGAGACCUUCGCAUUUGCUUGUCUCUUUCCGGAUGUGCUUCAGCCGCCAAUCGCGUUUAUCUCCGACCAGGUGUAUGCUCUAUUGGUUGCGGUGCGGGUUUGCACGCCUUUCUCCGAGGAAGAAAUCGCCUCGGGCAAUCAACAGGUUCUGGUACGGGGCGAGGCCGGUCUCCCGAGUAUUCUUUCAAAUCAUCGCAACGGAAGGGCCAUGGCGAAGCGAGAGGAGGCCGAGCGCAGACGAGCCCUGGCCCUGAAGGCACUCGACCAGAGACUCCAAGCAGCUGCUGCCGGAAGAGCACCGCCGCCGUCGACGUCUACAUCGAACCAGCAAGGGUCCAGCCAUGCCCAGACCCCAACCCCCACGGUGCCAGCGGGACAGAGUAUGCUGGGUGAAACCAGCUACACGCCAGACCAUGCGUGAACCCGGAGAGUCCUUGUAGUGUAUGGUUUACAGGAGUUUGGUUGACUGUUUGGGAUAGCGUCCAAGGAAAUUGCAAAUUAGAGUGUUGAUGGAACCCUUCUACUUAGCCUUCUCGUCGUGUAUAGAACCCGACGGCCUGUUUUAGUGAUUAUCUAUAGGCCGUUUCAUGCGAGUGCAGGUCACGAAGGCGGGACUUGGUUUGUUAUAUCAGCCCUUGACUGUACAAAUUGGCUUUUCCCCCUUUCCCUCGUGCAAUAACGACAGAACAUGAACCGCCUAUUUGCUCCAUACCUAUGUCCUUUCGCAAUUCAAACCAGGACGAUCACGUAUGUCCAGUCAG